GACAUAUGUUCCAUUUUGGGGGAUUUUCCUCUUAGGGAAAUAAUCAAGAUUAUUUUCGUGUACCUGAAUUUAGUCGAAAUCUCAAAAACCGUUUAAUGUUCAGAUCUCUCACAAAGAGUUUGUUUGAGGUGUUGAUUUACUUGCACCAUACCGCAGAAUAUAAGAGCUCCAAUUCUCAAUUUCCAAACAGAAGAACGUGAUUGGUUUUCAAGAAGGUUGAUUAAAAAAGCGGACAUAGACCUCAAGUUACAUUCCCUAAAAGUAGGCUCAGAGAAAGGGAACCUUUUACAAACGCACAUUUUGAACAUCUUCAAACAUUGGAACCAGGCGCUACAAAUUCCGUAUCAACUGAACUAUUAUUAAACUGCUUGAAGUUUGUGCUCAAUACUUAUGAAAGGGAAAUAAAUUGCUCUAAAUUUCAAGAAAACAUAUAUCUCUAGAUCUUGAUCAGAGACCAUGCCGAUAUGAACCAAAAGGAACAUAUAACACCUCCAAAGAGAUUCAGACCGACAUCCAUCAUAUCCAACCCUUCUACAACAUCAAGUCACUCCAAUUUAAAUAAUUAUCCAGUUGGCUUAAUCAAAGUUUAUCAAUCUGAUGAAGAAUUUUCCAAUGAUAGUUUUUCCAUAACAUCUAGAAAGCUAAAUGAUGCAAGAAGCAUAAUUUCACAAGUUGAUCCGACCCAUGCUCAUAAUUUCAGCACUACAUCAUCACUUUCAGAAACAAAUGAUGUUAGUUAUGAUACUGCACCUACUAUAGAUGAUGAUUCUUUGUUCAAUCUAUGGUUUCAAACACCGGAAAAAGAACGUGAAAGUCUAGUGAUACCUAGUGGUGGUCUUGAAAGACCAAGGUAUGUUCUUGAUAAAGUUGUUGAGUCAUUUAGGUCAGAAAAAGGAGCCUUUCUAACCAGUGAUAUUUUUUUAAACCAAAAAAUAUAUCAACAACCGGAAACUAUCAUCAAUGGUUCAGUCAAGAUCAGCAUCAUUCAAGAAAUCAACACACUGUUGAGGAAGUUUCAUGGCGAAUUCCACGAUCUUUCAAAAUUCAAUACCCUUGAGCCAACUUUAGCUUACUACAAAAAAUUAAUGGAUGCCUUUGAUGUCCUUCAUGUUGAAACCUCUCAUUCGCCAGCAGGUACAAAUGAUUCAUUGUCAAGCACUUCAAGCAUAAACAACCAGGAUGUUAAACCUUACAAAACAGUUUCAAAAGAAUCAACAAUCUCUUCAAAAAAGUCUAAUCAAAGUCUAGCUGAGAUUGAAAAACCCAAGAAAAGAAACUCAUUACUACUGGAUAAGUUCAAAGGUAAGAUGAAGACUAGAAAAAGACAUUCAUUAAAUAAUUGGGAAAAUCAUACUUCAUCAGAUCACCUAACUCCUCCAAAUCAUGACAUUCGUACACAUUCUCGUUCAAUUUCAGUGUCAUCCACUCAAACUCAAGCAUCAUC